UUUGUUGUAUUAGUCAUGAAAUGAGUUGAAAAACAAUUAAAUAACAGUUUGAUUGCAAUUAAGUAUUAUAUGAUAUUUGCCAUCAAUUGUCUUCAUUGGUCUUAAUUUUGGUGAUAUUUUACCACAAUUUGCUGUUAUCUUUACGAUGACUGAUCCACGACUUAAUCAAAUGAGAAUAAAAACAGGAAUUUUAAAGAGAGUGACAAAAGAGAAGACUGUGUACGAGAAAGAAGUGGACAAUGAGAGGAAGCGAUUGGAAACUAUGAAGAGUCAAAACAAAGACGACUAUGAGAUCAGGAAACAAGAGGAAGUGAUCAAUGAGUCGCUGAUGAUGUUACCGGACACCAUGACUCGUAUUCAACAAGCAUUCAAUGAUUUGAAUAAUAUUAUACAAGAAACACAAACAGAGUUAUCGGAGACAACAGAGUUUCAAACGGCCAAGACUUUGGUCCAAGAAGUGCAACAACUGUUCCAAUAAGUGUUAAACUCUAUGUGUUGUAUAAACGAUAAUCAUAUAUCACUUAUAUUUUCUAUUACUUUACAUCGAGGAUUAAUUUUUAUAAAUUCUAAUUUAAUCAUUAAAUUUAAUUUUAUUACCGAUUAUCUACAUUAAGGCUUUCAUAACUAAAAUUACUUAAUGAUUUCAUUUUUAAAAAUAAGAUCAUAAACCACUUUAGGCAUCAUAUGUGAUAAAAAAACUCAAAUAAUAAAACGUUAAUUACCAGUAAAUCAAAAUUGUUAAAAAAUUAAGCAAAAUAAUAAAUAUUUCAUAUAUUUAAAACCAGU